CAACCUGAGCACCCAAUCUCUAUAUUGUUUUCCCAACAGCCACCUGUCUACAGAUUAACAGCCACAAGACCGGCAAUAGUAAGAGCCAAAGAACUGCUGGGAACUUUAGAUUUUACGAUGCCCCCCUUACUUUCUUUAUGCAGUAUCGAAUUUACUCCUUGGCAGUUAAAUAAACCCGUUUUCAAUUUAAAUCUUACAUGUUAUGCUAAAGAGAGUACACCACGGGAAUUACUUAGAGCUGAAUUUAGAAAUAUAAUCAAUGCCUAUGAUGAUGCUGUUUUUAUUUAUACUGAUGGUUCCAAAAAGGAGAGUGGGGUUGGUUGCGCGUUUGUGGUUGGGGAUAGUGAUUAUUCAUGGAGCUUACAGAGUUUUGCGUCUAUCUUCUUUGCGGAGUUGUAUGCCAUCUUCCAGGCUCUGUUAUUCAUCCGUAUGAGUCAUAAUGGAAAUAACUUUGUCAUAGUUACAGACUCGUUGAGUGCUCUUAAAUCAUUACAAGCAAUGUGUCCAAAUGAACCGAUGGUACGGAUGGUUGGAGAAUUGUUACAUGUUAUCUUGCUUUCUGGAAAACAGAUCGUAUUUAUAUGGGUGCCCGGUCAUAUCGGCAUUGAGGGUAAUGAAAGGGCAGAUAAAGCAGCAGGACACGGGGUUGACGGUAACAGUGUUGACGUCAGUGUAUGUCGUCAUAAGGAUGUCAUAAGGCAUCUUAAAUCGCUGGUAUAUAACAAGUGGCAGAAUGACUGGCAACACAAUGAAAGUUUUCUACGCCGUAUCAAACCCUUAAUAAAACCUUGGAAUCAGCCCAUUAUCUUCAAUAGAUUAGAACAGGUGAAACUAGCGAGAUUACAUAUAGGACAUACACAACUAACUUCCGGUUAUUUGUUAAAACGAGAACCAAGACCUGUAUGUUUGGGCUGCGAAGUUCAUCUCACGGUAAUGCAUAUCCUGCUAGACUGUGAAUUAUAUGCCAACGAGAGACAAUUACAUAAUAUCUCAUGUCUGGAUGAUGCAUACGCGAAUCCUGUUAAUUUGAUUGAAUUUUUUAAGUGCAUUGAUUUGUUCCAUCAAUUAUAAAUACGGUGAGCGCUAAAGAUCUUCGCUAUCGAAGCGCUUCUAAUAUCAAUAAUAAUAAUAA